AUGGCGGAUGAGGCGCGCAUCAUGAAUGAUGCAAAGUCGGGGGCUGGAUGGCGUGCAUGGGUGGCCGAAGUUGCCGUGGCGAGCGAACAACACGGAAAGCGCGCGAGAAAACACCAGGAAGCUCGCCAUGUGAUCGAUCAGCCGCCAAGUGGCCUCACCGCAAUGGCGCCGCGGUCCCAGAGUAGCCCUGCUCUGCAGGCUCGCCUCGAGGAUCCCGACGAUCCUCGACUGCGCCUGGGCGAUGUGGUGUAUCUCCGCCUGGAGGGCCGCUACUUGGAAUCCACGGAUGCGCAGCAGACGCUGCGCCGGUUCCUGGGGCGGCGGGGCGCCUCGCUGCGGCAGCGGUUUCAGGUCUGCCCCUUCCCGGCGAAGGAGGAUUGGGAGGCUAGUGCGCUGGACCGUUCCGAGCGCCCGGCGCUGGUGGACGGCAUCCGGGUCUCCCUCAAGGCCUGCUGCGGCUUUCUGGGUUUGCGGGAGGACGAAAGCGAACCGGGCCGAGCGGAGGCGAAGGCCAACUUUCGGGAGGCGACCAGCGUAGAGUGCGGCUGGACGCUGCACACCGUGAGCCGCCAGGAGGAGGUGCUGGACCGCCGUGCCGCGGUGCUGCAAAACGCGGCCUCCUCUGAGGUCCUGGCGUCGGAUCUCUCGCGCCUGGUCUUGGAGCCAAAGUCGGGAGAUCCGCCUCCUCAGCAUCAGAUUGCCCUGGAGCGCGCCUUGGAGGCAGAAACGCCCUGGCCGAAGCAGCGUGUGCGCAUGGGCGACACCGUGUAUGUGAGGCUCAACGACCAGUACCUGGCCUCAAAGAAGUCCGGGGCGAACCUCGGGAAUCGCCAGCCCUGGAUCGUGUGCCCCUACGCCUCCAAGGAGAAGGCGAAAGAGAAGGCGGCAAGCGCCUUCAAGCGCAUGGGACUGGAGGAUGGGGACGCCAUUUGCCUCAUGGGCGAAGACGGGUGCUACCUGGGCAUCGGCGGGAAGGAGGACUGGCUUGCCAAGACCGCGGAGGACAUCCGCAAGUUCACUCGCGGCGAGGUGCUGCAAUGGUCUGAGGCGGCGCUGGAAAACUUCGAGGACUCCGACGCGCAGCUGCUGGUCUCGCUGCUCUCCAAGCGCUCCGCCAGCGGUGCCACGCUGCGGGAGUGCCUCAAGGGCCUGGGCGACCUGCCAGGCGCAGCGGGCGGCACCCUGCGGGCAGGUUUGAGUCGCUUUGGAGGCGUUUGA